UGCCCACCGGGGCUGCUGCUGCAUGUUGUUCAUUCUAUGAAGGUGGGGCGUGUGGAUGCGAUCAGCCAACCCAAACCCAACCCCAAAGAAGAAGAAGCGUUUCCCGUUGUAUUUGGUUAGCAGGCUGCAGGAGAGAGGAAGUUGAUUUUCAAAAAAUUACCGUUAAAUUGGUCUCGAGUUUGAGUCGGAACAGAUGUAGAUUUAUCAGCGUGUACUAUAUUUUACCGAUUUUCAUCCACACCUUUCCCAUCACAACAUGAGCAGUACAACACAGAGGAAGAGAAGGACUGGAGCCCCCUCAAGUUCCAGACGCACAGCCAAGAGUAGCAGAGUCACCACCACUAUGCCACUUCGUGCAGCAGCCGCUGCUGAGACCAUUGCUGUGCUGGAGAGCAGUAGGACGAGCAGUGAGGAGGUGGUGGACUUGACAUGUGAAGGUUCUGAGUCAACUGUGGUUGACUUGACCAACAAUGAUUCUGUGGUGGUUGUCGAUGAAGGGCUUCAGGGCAGACGUGGACUUGGCGGUGAGAGUUACGUGCUGAGCAGUGAUGAGGAGGGGGAUACCAAUGGGAGCCUCAGUGCUGAUCUUCUAUCUUCUCUACAGGCCAGCAGUAGAGCCAGGUCUACGCCAGGUACAGUCAGCUGCCCAGUGUGUAUGGACUCCUAUGCUGAGAUCAUUGAAAGUGGCAGACUAGUGGUCUCCACAAAAUGUGGUCACCUUUUCUGCAGUCAGUGCCUCCGCGACUCACUGUCGAGAUCCCACACUUGCCCAACCUGCAGAAAGAAACUGACCCACAGGCAAUACCACCCCAUAUACAUCUGAUGCCAAACACCCAUGACUCAUCCACCCACUGGUUUCACCCUCCAAACCUGCAACACUUUGAAUCAUACCUGACUAUCACUGCCCCCUACUGGACAAGCAUACCUUUUUGUUUACAUACACAUUCAACCGAUGUUUCUUCUACAAUGACUCUCUCAUGCCAGCAGACAUUCACCUACAUUUAAAAAAAAAAAACGUAUUCCACCUAUUCUCGUAC